AGGCAUCUGCGAUCGGGAAAAAGAAAUAUUGAUUAAUCUAGUAAAGAAGGGGCGAAAAAAAUGAACCCCUCGCUGCCACACCCUCGCUUUUAUGCUUGCUCUCGUUGCUGCUCAAAUCUCUCCUCCGACUCGAACUCCCCCCGUCAUCGCUUCUACUAAACGCUCGAUCGAACGCCCUCACACGUCUCGCUCCCGCGCGAUUCGGCCCGCUCCGCGAGGAUGGGAGAGGAAUGCCCCGCCGCCGGUGCGGCUCCGAAGGCUGGGAAGAGGGCGAGGGACGACGGGGAUUUGAAGCGGGUCGCGGAGAUCGUGAUGGUUUUGUCAGCCAUAGGACAGGUGCGCGGUGGCAAGGAGCCGACGGCGGCCGAGAAGGCGCUGGUGGCGGAGGCGAGGGAGAGGCUUGUGGUGAUGUGCGAGGCCGUCAGGCCGAAGGAGCUCUUCUCCACGGAGGCAGUCAGGGUCGUGGCAGAGGAUCUGGGGCUGAACAGGUCCAAGGAUCCUGCUCUGGGAUUCCGGCCACCCAAGAUGUCCAUUGCAGAGAAGUUGAUGUUGACCAAGAAAAAGAUGGAAGAGUCCAAGGAAAUAAAUGAGCAUUCAUCAGUUCAUUCUCCUCUACGGUAUCCUGUACCUGUUGGUGUAAAAGCUGAAUCUCGUGGUACUAUGGCAUAUGGUGCUUCUAGGUUUUCACAGGACAAGAGUUCUAUGCUAACAUCCUCUGGAGGCUUUCGUAGUUCUUUACCUUCAUCUCAUGUUCCUGUUCUGGCUAGUGCUGCCCCUAAUUUGAAGCAGUCACAGAUUAAUGAUGUGCAAGCUGCUGCCAACACCAUAAAAUAUUCAUCUGGUUCGCUUGAUAGGGCUUUGCCUCCAGAACAUAAUGGGCCAGCUUAUCUGACUCGAGAUCAAGUUGAAAAUGUGCAUCAGAAAAUCCCAACCAUCUCUUCUAUGCAAUCACCAUCCAUUGAUGCUGUGGCAAGGUUUAGCCAACCAAACAAGAUGUUGGAUCAUACUUUAAUUAAGUAUGAGGGUAUUGCUGAUGUAAACACUAACCAAUCUGCACUUCAGAUGACAAACCAGGAAAUAAAGCCUUCUAUGGUUCAAGCAGGACAAAGAGGCCUGCAUAUUGCACAUCAACCUUCUCAAGGUUUGGCAUUUGUUCCUACACCUCUUUAUACCAAUCACAAUGACAUUACUAAGAGCGUGCAGAGGAUAUUGCAAUCGAAAGUUCUGGAUCGUCCAAACUGGAUUCCUCCAUCAAGUGACUAUAUGAAUGCUUCUCUAAAUUGCCAGAUAUGCAAGAAUGUGAUUUCAGAUACAGAAAGUUUGCUCGUUUGUGAUGCUUGUGAGAAAGGAAACCAUUUGAAAUGUCUUCAAUCUUAUGGUAGCAAAGGCAUUCCUAAAGCAGAAUGGCAUUGCCCAAGUUGCUUGGCAUCAAGUAAUGGAAAGACCUUGCCACCCAAAUAUGGAAAGGUCACAAGAGCUCCUGUUGCAGCACCAAAAUCUGCUCCAAAUGCAAGCAUUAAUGCUGCUUUUAGGAAGACAGAAGAUUUGGAUCCGAAGAGUUGUCAACAGAAAGCAUUAUCCAAAAGAAAUUCUAAUGUGUCUCAACAUUCAAAUUCUUCAAAUUUUGGUGGCAGCCAUCAUGAGUCAAUUUCGGACUCAACAGGAAUCUGUGCAGAAAAGGAUUUAAUGACUAAUGGAGUUAAGAGAGAUAAUGUAACUUGCAAUGCAAUAGGAGGCAAUCAUUUAGAGGAAACAAAUGGUUCUGUAUGUACUAAUUCUGAUAAACCUUGUGAGGAUCACAACCAUAUCAAGAAUGAUAGUUCGGCCUUGGCAAAUACUAAAGAAGCCACUGUGCCUAUUUUGGAGUCCAAUUCCAUGGCACAAAAUUCCUGUGAGCAUUCACAGAGUUUAAUAGGUGAAAACAACGAUUUUUCUAAAGAAACAGUAGCACAGGGUUCCGACCAAGACUUACCAAGCAAUUCCAGUGUUUCUAGAAAUUAUUUGCAAGAAAAUACUACCCCUCUCACAUCUGAAUCUGAAGGGCAUGAUGAGAAGAAACCAAUUGAAUGCAUAGAUGCUUCCAAUAUCAGAGUAGUUAGUCAAGGUAGUUUACAAGUAACUACUGAUGAAUCAAAGGGAUCGGUCAGUUAAUUAUGACCUUGUCAUUGUUCACAAUCCUCUGGAGGAUAAUAUCUCAUUUUUUAGUCCUGGCUGCUGUCUCUCCCAACAUAGAAGUUGGAAUUUAUAUGCAUGAGAACUGCCCAGCUGACAAGAUUUCACUUACUGGACCAAAAUCUUUCUUUUUUUGUUCCUGUUAACAAUUGGUAGAAUUUACAUGUGUAAUCUGUAUCCUUUCGAAGUUCUGACAAGCUGCCGUAGCUCAGCAAUUCUGAUGAAAUCUGGAAGCUAAAGCAUUUGCAGUCGCUACUCCAGUUGAUUCCUUUCAGUCUUUGGCCCCUGUUGUAAAAUGUGACGUAGUUGCAAGGAACAGAUAUCUUUUUACAAGAUAAAACUGCUGCAAAAGACAAGCUUUAGCUUAACAAUUCAACCAAGAUUGUAAUCUUGAUAGCAGAUCUGCUCCGAAUUGCUUUUAUCAAUAAGAGCAUCGCUCCAUGAUUUAUCCAGGU